GGUGUGUCCGGGCGGCCUCACCUGGAGCUCCGGGCAGCGCCGGAGCCUCCCUCGCGGCCGGCGGGGCUGCGCUGGGGCGGCCGGCCGGCGCCGGGACCCGCGGGGCGCGCUCGGGCCGAGACAGCAUGUGACGCCGGCCAGGAUUCAGCCCUGAUGGAGGCUGAGGAACCCACUCAUGGAGCCUUGACUCCUGUCCCUGUCGGAGUGGAAUUCAGUGCCAUCCCUGAAGCUCUCAUGAGAAGCAGCCAGACCCCAGCCCUGGAGCCUGGAGCUCAAGAAGGCCAGGAUGUGACCUCUACGUGGGCAGAGGGACACAGGGCCAUGGAUUCCCCGCAGAGAGAGGCGAGGGAUGCAAACAGCUCUGCAAGUGAGCGCAUGACCCCUUUGCAAACCGAGGAAGCCUCUGCAGAUGUGGACAGUGACCAGGAAGACCUGAUGGCCGAGACCAGUGACAGUCCAGGGCACCAGGAGGCCUUGCCCCAGAGCCUGGCAGACACAUGGGCGAGGACUUCAGCUCCCUCAGAGCUCUGGGCCUGCCCUGUGCAGGGUGAACACCCAGACAUGGUCCCUGUCUCCAGUGAACUGGCCAGCAGAGUGGAGACAGAGUUUAGACGGGAACCCACUUCUUUGAUACUGGGAACCAGAGAAGCAGAAGAAGAGGAGGAAACUUCUCCAGACGUGUCUGCUCAGACCCGAUUUGGGCCUUCUUGUGAAGAGCACACUACAGAGACCAACCAUCCACAGGACGCUGAACGUGGAACCGUCAGGCAGGGGGAGGAGCUGUGGUCCACAGGGAUGCAGGGAAGUCGAGGCAGAGGAGGGUUUGUGUGUCCCCAGGGGACCGAGGGGCUAGAGGGGCAGGGACUAGAGGGAGUGGGCUUUCAGGGGGAUGGAACUCCAGGGAAGGAUGUGUGUUCUGAUGGGCUUUUAGGGGAGCAGGAACAGACAGGGGGGCAGGCUGAUGGUUCAGUGGGAGAGAGGCAGAAACAGGAGCCCGCGCCCUAUGAUGUACUUGCAAAACAAGAAGAAGGAAAGGGGCUCAGUGGGGACCUGGGAGCCCUGCUCUAUGGUGAGAGGGGGAGUGGGACUCAGGGCCAGCAGGAUCUCGAACAGGGCAAACAGGGGUUCGGGGUGCUGAGGGGGCCAGAGGAGGUUAGGGUGGAUGCUCAGUACCAGCAGAAUCAAGGCCUAACGGGAAGAUCAGAGAAGGUCUUGGGAAAGCAAGAAGGUCAGGGUCCACAGGGGCAAGUGGUGCCCCGCGAAAGGCCAGCGGGGGAGGAGGAAGCAGGGAGUCGGGACGGGGCCGUGCUGCAGGGAGAGAGCGGCGAGGGGUGUGCAGAAGAGGGGGAAGAGUGUGAUGGUCCUCCCACCCCGCCUCUCACAGCCCCUGAGGCCCCCACCCCGUGUGCCUUAUUUACAGACGCCUGUUAUUCCAUGAUGAGUGUUCCCAGGACUCAGGCAGAGCCUCGGGCUGAGGAACAGCCCUCCGUACCUCUGACCCCUACACUGGAGCCCACGGGAUCGCCCCGCCAGCCCAUUUCCUCACCCAGCUUCUUUCCCGCUGGAGAGCCACCUGAUCAAGGGGCAGCUCAGGACAGCCAGCAGGGGGGAGCCGGGCUGGGGGAGCGGGCAGUGUCCAGCCAGGGCGCGGAGGUGGCCUCUGGAAGGACCCCUCCCCUGCCUCCAAGGACGGCCGCUGUGGCUCCUUGCAGUCCUGCUGAAGCCUCCCCCAGCACCACCGCCCCAUCUGCCCGCCCCCCGGGUGACUUGCCCAGGAGGGAGCCCUCUCCUGCUGCGUGUUCUCCAGAAACCUCCAGGGCUGCUGCCUGGACUGACUCGCCAUCUCCCUGUAGGGCUUCCGAGGCUGCCCUCCACAGCUUCCCCUCUGCAGAGGCCACCAUGGAGCCAUGUGCCAGCUCCCACUGGGCCAGCCCUCAGAGCCCCUUGGCCAACUGGACAGGGGCUGUCCAACACCUGAGGAGCAACUCCUUCCCGGGCUCUCACAGGACAGAGCCGGCUCUGGACCCAGUGGGAAUAUCCCUGUCCUCCUCCCAUUCAGAGUUGCCCCAGAGGCCCCCCAAACCUGCCAUCUAUGGCUCUGUGAUGCCAAGAAGGGACAGGAAAGGCCAUAGGGACUGCAGUGCCGUUCCAGGAUCCCUUAGUUCAUUGUCCUCUCUGGGGCCAGACUCCCGAGAAUCCACCUCACAUCCAGAAAGCAGGCAGCCAUGGGGGUCCCCACGUAAUUCAACCUCUGCCCUAGCGACUCCUGCCUGUGGCUCUCCACCUCCUGUCUCCACAGACAUGAGGAUCCAUGAGCCUCCACCACCUCCGCCCCCAGAGAAGAGGCACGUCUACCCUUCCCUGGUGGAGAAAGACGGCCAUCUCUGGGAAGCGGCCCCCACAUUGAGGAGGGGUAGCCGCCCUCCUGCUCUGACUGCAGGCUCAGGGCUACAUGGCCCUCCCAGAGGCGCACUUCCCCAAGUUCCUGAGCCCCCUGUGGCCAGGGAGCACAGACCACUGCCCUCCACCCCGGACACGCCCUGCCACGCUCAGACCUCUCUCUCCCCCAGGCUGAAGUACAACAAACCAUUACCCCCGACUCCUGACUUGUCCCAGCCCCACCAUUCCUCUGGUAGCCCAAGGAUCUACAGGCCUCUCCCCCCUGUUCCUAUCAUGGAUCCUCCCCCUGAACCACCCCCGUUACCCCCUAAGUCCAGGGGGAGGACCAGGACUACUCAGGGAGGAUUCAUGAACUCGGGGGGUCAAGGCAAACCGAGGCCCGUUUGUCAAGAGUGGACAGUCCCCACGCCCCACUCAGCCGGACGUACCUCUUGGCCCCCGGCCAUGGGCAGGUCAGCGGACUCCCUGGUUCCCACCGGCAGGAGCAAGAGGGAAGUACCGGGCAUGGCUUUCAGCAAUGCGGCGACCCUUCUCGGGCCCUCUUCCCCAACCGCCCCUUGGACUCCGGAGCUCCAGGGACCCAUGUCUGAACCGGGGCUCUCGGAAGAGUCUGAGGCCCCUGCCAGAGGAUCUUUGAGAACAGCCACCUCUCAGAAAGGACCCAGUGGCCUGAGGAAGUUGGGUCUAAGCCAAGCAAGGCAGCCAGAAAAGCCGAGCCAUCCCCAUCUGGAAAAGGCGUCCAGCUGGCCCCACAGGCGGGACCCCGGGAGACCUCCGGAGGGCUGCCAUGGGCGGCCCGCGGGCCCCGGCGAGGGCUCCAGUAAGCACAAGGGCUGGAACCGGCAGGGCCUGCGCAGACCGUCCAUCUUGCCCGACAGCUCUGCAGAUACAAGAGGUCCAGCCAUGGAAAAAUCCCCUGGCCUUUCAGACACCAUUGUUUUUCGGGAGAAGAAACCAAAGGAGGUGAUGGGAGGCUUUUCAAGGCGCUGCUCAAAGCUUAUCAACUCUUCUCAGCUGCUCUACCAGGAGUACAGCGAUGUGGUUCUGAACAAGGAGAUUCAGAGCCAGCAGCGUCGGGACGGCCUGUCGGAGGCGCCCGGGCCAGCCUCCCCCCGGCAGCCCCGCAGGGCCCUGGUGUCCUCGGAGUCCUACCUGCAGCGCCUCUCCGUGGCCUCCAGCGGCUCCCUCUGGCAGGAGAUCCCUGUGGUGCGCAACAGCACUGUGCUGCUCUCCAUGACCCACGAAGGCCAGAAGCUGCAAGAGGCCAAAUUCGAGCUGAUUGUGUCAGAGGCGUCCUAUCUGCGCAGUCUGAACGUAGCCGUGGACCAUUUCCAACUGUCAUCCCAGCUCCGGGUCACCCUUUCCAACCAGGAUCACCAGUGGCUCUUCUCUCGCUUACAGGACGUGCGUGACGUCAGCGCCACCUUCCUUUCCGACCUGGAAGAGAACUUCGAGAACAACAUCUUCACCUUCCAAGUGUGUGAUGUGGUCCUGAGCCAUGCCCCUGACUUCCGUCGGGUCUACCUGCCUUAUGUCACCAACCAGACCUACCAGGAACGCACCUUCCAAAAUCUGCUGAAUAGCAGCAGCAGUUUCCGGGAUGUCCUGGAGAGGCUGGAGAGCGACCCCAUCUGCCAGCGCCUUUCCCUCAAGUCCUUUCUGAUCCUGCCCUUCCAGCGCAUCACCCGCCUCAAACUACUGCUCCAGAACAUCCUGAAGAGAACACAGCCCGGCUCUUCAGAGGAAGCAGAGGCCACGAAGGCGCACCAUGCCCUCGAGGAGCUGAUCCGAGACUGCAAUAACAAUGUCCAGAGGAUGCGGCGGACAGAGGAGCUGAUCUACCUGAGCCAGAAGAUUGAGUUUGAAUGCAAAAUAUUCCCGCUCAUUUCACAGUCACGCUGGCUGGUGAAGAGCGGCGAGCUGACAGCCCUUGAGUUCAGUGGCUCCCCAGGGCUGCGAAGAAAGCUGAACACGCGUCCAGUCCACCUGCAUCUCUUCAAUGACUGUCUGUUGCUGUCUCGGCCCCGAGAGGGCAGCCGAUUCCUGGUAUUUGACCAUGCGCCCUUCUCCUCCAUCCGGGGGGAAAAGUGCGAAAUGAAGCUACACGGACCCCACAAAAACCUCUUCCGACUCUUUCUGCGGCACAAUGUACAGGGCACCCAGGCCGAGUUCCUCUUCAGCACCGAGACCCAGAGUGAAAAGCUCCGGUGGAUCUCGGCCUUGGCCAUGCCACGAGAGGAGCUGGCCCUUCUGGAGUGUUACGACUCCCCACAAGUACAGUGCCUUCGAGCCUACAAACCCCGGGAGAAUGAUGAGCUGGCACUGGAGAAGGCGGAUGUGGUGAUGGUGACUCAGCAAAGCAGCGAUGGCUGGCUGGAGGGCAUGAGGCUCUCAGAUGGGGAGCGAGGCUGGUUCCCUGUGCAACAAGUGAAGUUCAUUUCCAACUCAGAGGUCCGCGCACAGAACCUGAAGGAAGCCCACCGAGUCAAGACGGCCAAACUACAGCUGGUGGAGCAGGAGACCUAGCUGUGCCCUGGGAAGGAUGCCCUGAGACUAAGGACAAGACGUUCCUAGAGGGAGCUGGCCCCGGAACCCUGCAACAGAGGCCUUCUGCGGAGCACGAUGUAAACCCUCUGAAAGCCCAGGAGCAAAAUCCAGCUGCCAGUCGCUAGUCCCGGGCCUGCUGUUUGUGCUUUGUGCUUGGUGGAGGGGUUUUGAGGGACUUUGCACUGGACUCUGGGAACUCACUCUCAGAAGAAAAGGGACCAACGGAGCACAGACCAAGGGAGUGCACUUCUACUACCAAACAGAACGUAAGCGUUCUCUGCUUCCGGAGUGCGGAGUCAAGGCUGACCAGAGUCUCUGUCAUAGCCGUAUGUAAAACAGGAUCCUACUCCAGUCCCCCGGAGGGAGAUGUCUAAGGGGGACUAACCCAUCAGACGGGAGGUCAGCCUGGUGACCUCUAGGGCACCUUCCAGCCCUAGAGGUUUUCCAUAACUGUUGGUGUUAGGUCAGUACAUGCACCUCUGGGGUCAGUGUCUAUUGGUGGCAAUGUGAGGGUGACACUCUCACUCUAAUAAACUUGGCACUUCUCCCAGUGUUUUUCCUCUCAGAGACUCCUGAGCACUGAAUGAGGCUCAGAACCUGGAAUGCCAGGCUAUUUGAUUUAUGUGUCAUAAAAAGACCAAGAUGGUGCCUCAGUUACGACGGCUGCUGACUCUCGCUCUAGGACUCUUGAGGGUUUGGGUGGCUUUUCUGCUUGUUCCAGCCUUGGAGGCUGUAUAGGAAUGAGAAGCAAUUGAUGGAUGAUGAAAACCCCAUUCGAGCCUUCUUUUUACUGGAUCCUAAGUUAAGGCGUCGGCUAGUUUGGAUGGACUGGGAAAUCCUACUCAGACCAUUCAUGAUUUUAUAUUUUGACAUGAAUGAUUAUGAAUGUAUCUUCCCAGCUGUUUCAUCCUUUUUGGGAAAAGUAGGGUGAUGUAUUAGAAAGAGGUCUAGAAUCCAAGUCAAGAAACCUAAAUUCCAGUUACCACACUGCCAUGAUUUCAGCCUGCCCCUAUCUCAGUUUCUGUAAACGUAAAAUGUACAAUCAGACCAAGUAACCUCUCAAAUCCUGUCCAACUGCAAGAUGCGAUUCUCUCUCUCUCAUCAGAUUGCCCUUCUCAGUUCAAAAGCGCCGCUCUACACUGUCUUCUCAUGCGGAGCCCUCAUACGGCCUCGGCCCAGGCAUCGGUUAAGCAGGGUCAUCACAGUCCUGCUGUGGACGUUUUAUCUGUUGAUCUUUGGGAGGGCUCAGAAGCAGAAUUGCACUGCAGCUCUGUACAAAGGUGAGAAUCAUACUAUAAACUUUGUCCUAGACCCAGUCAACCAUGACUUUAUAGUAUUACUUUGGAUAAUACAUUUUCUUUUCAAUCCAUCCUAAAAUAUAAGUUAGCUUGCUUAAUUUUUAGAAAAGUUAUCACUGUGGUAAUUCAGAUGAGUGAAUAUUAAUUUGUCCUUAACUGGUUGACACUACUAAAAAAAUCUAAAAUAGGGCUGGUUUUAGAGAAGUUCAACUGAGGUUUUUUUCCACAAAGCCAGCUUUUAAUAUAUGAUAAAUUAAUAUGUGUAUGUUGUAUGUAAUCUAACAACUGGGCAAUAACAAUUAUUAUAAUCCAAAUUAUUUGUUCAAAUCAGUAUUUGCAUACUGGCCGUAUGGCUCAAACAAAGCCUUUUCCAACCUUACAUUUUCUAGGCAAAUUCUCCCUUGUUUUCCCAAAGAGGUAAAAUAACAACUUUGAAUGAUACACAUGCAAAUUAUUUUCUAAGGUGAAUGACUUCUUUACUUGAUGUUGCUAAGGCUUUCUGAGCAUCUUGAAGUUGACUUCUGUAAGACUAAAACUGCCUUUAGAUAUUUAAUAUGCAUUUGUUUAAUUUGGUUAUUCUCACCUAACCUGGGAAAUUAAAAGACAGUUGGCUUCUA